AUGCUGCUCUCGCUGCUCGCAGUGCCGCUGUUGAUGGUGAGCAGGCCGCUGCCGAGGGUGCUGUGCCUGCACACGGGAGGAACGCUGGGAAUGGAUGCAGAGCAAAGCUAUGAGCCAGACGGCGUGGAUGGCCACGUGCACCUGAAGCCCGGCACCGGAGGCUCCUUCUCUCCAGCCGGCGCCCUGCGCCCAGGUGCCAUGCUGAACAAUCUGCUGUCGGCGGUGCCGGAGCUGCGCGCGUACGCCAACCUGCGCCUGGAGAUCCCCUUCAACCUGGACAGCUGCCGCGUGGGCCCCCCCGAGUGGGUCAAGCUGGCCAAGAUCCUGCACCGCAAUCGCGACCACUACGACGCAUUCCUCAUCGUGCACGGCACGGAUACGAUGGCAUAUACCGCCAGCGCUCUUUCGCUGCUUCUAGCCGGCUUCAAGAAACCCAUCGUCAUGACAGGGUCUCAGCUGCCGCUGUCCAUGCCGAGGUCCGAUGCGCGGCAGAACCUGAUCGACUCGGUGACGUGCGCGACUUCGUUCUUUGCGCCGCCCCACACGCAGCUGCAGGAGGUUGCCAUCUGCUUUGGCGGCCGCCUCAUGCGCGGCAACCGCGCCCAGAAGGUCCACAGCAGCACGUACAGGGCAUUUGACAGCAUCAACUACCCUCCACUGGCCACCCUCGGCGUAGAUGUCGACUGGAACAUGUCCUACCUGCUCAAGGUAAAGGGAGUGUAUAGGCCGCGUUUCAACCUGGAUACUCGAGUCAUCCGAGUUCCAAUCAUUCCCGGCUGCGACCCAAGGACAGCGUACGGUGAUCUGAAGGCCAGGAACGUUCGGGGGGUCGUGCUGGAAUCCUUUGGGGUGGGCAACAUGCCCGACCUGCCACGCCUGGGGUGGCUCCCGUGGCUGAAGAAAACAGUGAAGCAGGGGAUCAAGGUGUACCUGUCCAGCCAGUGUGCCUCAGGGCCCCUGCACCCGGAGCUGUAUAAGAGCGGCAAGGCUGCCAUGGAUAUGGGCGUGGAAGCUGGGCCUCAGAUGACUCCUGAAGCGGCCGUCAUCAAGCUCAUGCUGUGCUUGGCCUACCCUGACAUCCCUUUAGGUGUCCCUAUCGCUGGUGAGCUGUAA